UUUCUCUCUUUCUCACCGGAGAGAAUUCGGUGCCGGACAAAUUCCGUUGACAUUGCUGAGGAGGAGGCGGAGGCGGGGAAAGGACUGGUGUUACCAAAGCGAAGGUUUUCCUGCAGCCAGCCGCUUCUUAGCUGUGAGACAGGAACACGGGGACAGCCAUGUAUCGGCGGCCGCUGCAGUCUGCCGUCAGAAACCUUCUCAACCUAACAGCGUCCAGAGCCGCCUACGGAAAGGUGCUGGAUCAAGAAGCCUGUUGUGUCAGAGCAUGCCAACUGGCCCGAGUCUCCCCUCCGUGUUUAAAGCCAUGUCGGACGCUGCACACUACGACACAGCUCUGCAAUGUGAAAGAGACGCCCCAGCACACGGAGGAAGAAGUCGGGGCCUUCACCAAGCUCAUUGAGGCCAUGGGUUUCACCGGACCUCUCAAAUACAACAAAUGGAAAAUCAAGAUUGCUGCCUUGCGCAUGUACACAUGCUGCGUGGAGAGAGUCAAUUAUGACGAGUUCUUUGACAAGUGCUCCCUCCCCGACACACUCAACUCUUGGUUCUUGGUAGCACAGCUACAUGUGUGGAUGUGUUUGGUGCGGAUGCGUCAGGAGGGCCGAGAAGGGAAGUACAUGUGUCGUUACAUCGUCCACUCCAUGUGGGAGGAUGUGGAGCAGAGGAGCAAGAUCAUGGGGAUUGAUGCCAGCCAUAGGAAGGAAGGAAUGAAAGCCAUGACGGAGACGUUUUACGCAGCGAUAUUUGGAUACGAUGAGGGGAUCCUGUCUGACGACUGCGUGCUGGCAGCAGCUCUGUGGAGAAACCUGUUCAAUUGCCAGUGUGAUGACCCCAAACAGCUGGAGCUCAUGGUGGAAUACGUACGCAAACAGAUGCAGUUCAUCGACGCCCUGGACGGGGAGGACCUGAUGCUGACCGGCGAGGUCAAGUGGCGCCCCCUGGUGGAGGAGAACGCGCAGAGCAUCCUGAAGGUGGCCACGCCCACCUACAACGACACGGGACUGUGAGAGGGACGCGGGACCCACUCGGCUCUCCUCUCCUCUCCUCCAACGUCUGCUUCUUCCUCCUCCUCUCCCUCCCCUCCCUGUCUCCAGACCUGUAAUCAUGUCCCGUCUGAGACGGCCGCAGCCAACCAUGAUGUUCAUCAUCCAUUCAUCUCUGGAUGAAUGGACGAUGCGUUUGGUCUCUAAAAUGUCUGAAAACAGAGAAAUAUGUAAAGUGGUGUUUCCCAAAGCCCAAGAUGAUGUAAUCCGUUCAGUUUACUGUCACUUUUGGAGUGAAGAAACUAGAAAAUAUUCAUAUUUACCAAGCUAUCUAUGUCUAUAUCUCCUCUCUGUCAUAUUUUAAAUUGGACAUGAGAUCUGUUGCUGUAGCGUUCUCAUCCUCUCCUGUAUUUUUUUUUCAACAACUUCUUCCUCUCCUUCUUACCUUCAUCUCCUGUCUCUGGACGCUCAGUACAGGCAGGAUUAUCUUACACACACACACACACACACAGAGAGACAGACAGACUGCUAUGGGCAAACACAUGCAUAGAAACACACACA